AUGGGGCCAACUUCUCUUUGCCAUUGUGAGAAGCGCAAGAACGGCGAGUGGUGGAAGGCUCAGAAAUGGGCGUAUAGUACCCUGGAGCGUUUAUGUCAUCGCUUCAGAAAACCAUCUGAACUUCGAAUUCCUAGCAUAAUGAGAAUAUGGAGCCUUUCCAAGAAGUCUCAACAUCAGAUUUUCAUGUUCUUUAAUGAAUGCAUGAAACCCAAGUCGACUUGGACCCUUCUCAAGCCCCAUUUCGAAAACUUGGUUUCCACCUUUGUGUUUGCCCAACUUUCUUUCAACGAUCACGCUACAAAGGAGGAGCUUUGGGAGAACGAUCCUGUGGAUUAUAUCCGCGUCUCAGUCAGUACUAUAUCCAUGUCUCAGUCGGUACUAUAUCCGUGUCUCAACAAAUACAAGGUGUACGCUAUGCCCAUAUCAGCAGCCACGACCUUUUUAUUCUCACUUAUUGUGAGCCGAACUAAAGUGACGUUCAUGCCUAUCCUUGGGUUCAUUAAUACCAUUCUUCGUUCUGACUCAGAGGGAACGCGUAGACACAGACGACAUGGUGGUAUGGACUCAAGAACCUACAAACACGACGUGACAUGUAAAUGUGUAUGUAAUGACCCUCUGACACCUAUGCAAGACCCCGAACACCAGGGGGGAUGGAGUAUGCAUCUGCCAGGAUGCACUACUCCAAUGUGUACAAUUAACUGCUUGUCUUUCAGAAAUCCAGCAGCACUCCAGAAGUCUGGAGCUUUGAACACAAUCACUGUGUUGGGCCUGUACAUCAUGCAUCACUCGGACAUGAAGCGCAACGUGGAGCAAUUCAUGCUUUGGUUUUUCACAUCAGAGCUUUCGAGCCCUGAACCCCGUCUUAGAGCUAUCAUAAGCCUCUCUCUGGAUUGCUCUAGAAGUCGUUGGCACUGUCACGAAGAACGGGUUCCAUUAGUCUAUGCCCGAGGUUUUUUGGGGUGCUCAUGGAUUGCUUGCUAG